CUCAAGAGUACUGUGUACGAAUCUUUUUUGUCCACAAGUAAUGGUGACUUAAUACCAACCAAACAUUUUCAAUCUCAGUAGAAAAAAAAAACCCAUCUGAAAUUUCCCAAAAAAAGAAGAAAAAAAAAUGAACUUUUCCAUUUCCAAAUGUCUCAGCUCACAUCGCCAUCUUCAUCCCCACCCUUUGGUUCUAUCUGCAACAACCCGAAACCCACCACUCAUUAAUUCUCCUUUAUUACCAAAAAUAAAGAUUAACCAUCACCGCGAAGCGGUCAAGUUCCAAAAACUUUCCCUUAGAAGAUGCUCUUUACUAACUGUCAUGGCUUCAAGUUCAAAUCAGUCUACAGACAGCUUCCCACCAAGUGCGUCGGAGUUCAAGCCCGACCCGACACUCACCAACGACGAUCUGAAGCCAACGACAAGUUCUCAAAGGACGUUUUCUGGGUUGGAAAUGGCGAGUCUUUGGGUGGGUCUUGUCGUUGGGGUCCCGACCUAUUAUUUGGCCGGUAGUCUCGUUGACCUCGGAAUGGCUUGGUGGCAAGGAAUCGCAACGGUGGUUGUAGCCAAUAUAAUCCUCUUAGUUCCACUAGUCUUAACGGGUCACCCCGGAACACGGUACGGAAUAUCAUUCCCGGUUUUGGCAAGGUCCAGUUUUGGAAUCCGUGGGGCCCAUAUUCCAACCCUGCUCAGGGCCUUGGUGGGUUGUGGUUGGUAUGGAAUCGAGACUUGGAUAGGUGGUGAAGCAAUCUUUCUUCUCUUGCCAAAAGCUGUGAAAACGACGUCGUUUGCCAAUCCCGUGGCUUGGCUCGGUACAUCUCCACUCGAGUUCGCUUGUUUUGUUGUUUUUUGGAUAGCUCAGUUGUCGUUUGUGUGGAAAGGAAUGGAGGGUAUUCGGGAAGUGGAGAAGUACUCGGCUCCAAUUCUCAUUGCUCUAACUUCUUGUUUACUCAUUUGGGCUUACGUUAACGCCGGUGGUUUCGGCCACAUGCUAACAUUGUCGUCUAAGCUUUCUUCAUCUGAGUUUUGGGCUUUGUUUUUCCCUUCCCUUACUGCAAACAUAAGCUUUUGGGCUACUCUUGCUCUUAACAUACCAGAUUUCACUCGAUACGCCAAGUCUCAAAAAGACCAAGUUUUGGGUCAGAUUGGGCUUCCAAUCUUCAUGGGGGUAUUUACAUUUGUGGGCUUAGCAGUAACAUCAUCAACCCAAGUCAUUUUUGGUAAAGUCAUAUCAAGCCCAAUUGAGUUGUUGGGCCGAAUAGGAGGCCUCACAACAAAGAUCUUAGCUAUCUUUGGGAUUAGUCUAGCCAUCAUCACAACCAAUAUUGCAGCCAAUGUAGUUGCCCCGGCUAAUGCACUAGUGAAUCUAAGUCCUUCUAAAUUCACAUUUAGAAGAGGAGCACUGUUAACAGCUUUGCUUGGAAUUGCUUUCCAACCAUGGAGGCUUCUUGGGUCGAGUGAGAGCUUUGUGUAUACAUGGCUAGUGGGCUAUUCUGCUCUAUUGGGCCCAAUUGGGGCCAUAAUUUUGGCAGACUAUUAUCUAGUUAGGGGUACUGAGUUGGACAUAAAGGACUUGUAUUCACUAAGUCCAAAUGGGGAUUAUUACUACUCAGGUGGCUAUAAUUUGGUGGCUUUGGCAGCUUUGGUGGUUGGGAUUUUGCCAGUGAUUCCAGGGUUCUUGCAAAAACUUGGGAUUGUUUCUUCAGUUUCUGAUGUCUUUGUGGUCAUCUAUAACAAUGCUUGGUUUUUCAGUUUUUUCAUAUCAGGUUUUCUAUAUUGGGUUUUGUCAAGCUUGAUUAGGAAUAAUCACAAUUCCAUACCUUCUCAACCUCAACAAUCCCUUUUGUCCCGUGAAGAUUGAUUAAUCUAUUUGUAUUAUAAUAUGUUAUAAUAUAUGCUACUUCACCAACAAAAUUGUAAACAAAUAAAAAACACACACUUGUAUUGGUAUUUUCAUAUGUAUUGCAAUGUUAUUUGUAAGUUUUGUAACUAAA